AUGGGUGCAUGGCCCCGGCCCCCGGCCCGGGCGCCGCCUGAGAGCGGAGAAAGCGUGGUUAGCGGCGAGCCCCGCGAGAGACGCUCCCGACGCAGCCCUGUGUUUCUAGCGCUCCCUCUUCGGAACUUCCCAGCAUCCAGAGGAGGGACCCGAGGCGAGAUCACCUCCCGGCGGAGCGGGGGAGGGACAUCUCCUCCCCCCCGGCGCCAAGGCUUGUCCCCGACUCUCCUUCGCCGAGGACGAGGCUGCGGACCGCGAAGGUGGUCUCGCUCUAUAGCAAGGGCAAACCCGCUGAUGCGCCGCUCCCUCGGCAGGGCUGAAGCGAGCGGGGGGAAGGGAGGGCGAAAAGAGCCUCUGGCUCUCCCACCAUCACACCGGGAGCGACAUGGAGCCUGGCAGCCGCAGCGAGGGAAGCCCCGCCAGCUUGGCCUGGGGCGAGAAGGGGCUCUCGGGAAAGGCUGGGCUCCCAGCAGUGCCUGCGGGCCGGGCAGAACCUCUACCCUGCGGUGCGCAGCAGCAGCCGCCAGGCAGGCACACGCACGGCAACCUCCGCAAAGGCCAUUCUGUACCCUCCCGCCGCCAGCUCGGGGUCCGGGCUCAGGUGCGCCUGUCGCUGGGGCUGCUGCGGGCGCAGGGCUGCCGGCCGCAAAUCCCGAGCGCAGGUGGGAGCAGCCUUGCCUCGGGUGCCAGGGUGCGACCCCUUGUGAAGGGGAAGCGCGGGAGUGCCCAGUCGCCAAGUGCCGCCGCCCGCGGGAGCUCGGCUGGGACGGAGGGUUUGCGAGACCGCGACGGUUAGCUGCGGCGGGGUGUCUGCCGGCAGGGAUGAGGAGCGCCGGAGCAGCUUGCCUCCGGCUUCGGAGGAGCCUGCAUCCCGCCUGGUCGGGAGCGGGACGGCAGGCUCCCUGCUCUCGAGGAGCCGCAGGGCACCGGGCGCAGGGCGGGAGAAGGACAGCGGGACUCACCCAGGCUCGGCCGGACGGGGUUGGGAUCGCCGCUGUCUCCGCCUGGAGGAACUUUCCAGGAACCGCAUCAUGUGACAGGACCCGCUCCGGCGCCUCCACCGCGACUCGCGGCCAGCCGGGGGCCGACGCACCGAGAGCCACCGCCCCUUGUCACGGCGGGGCAAGCGGUCGCCUAAAACCUUCUCACCUCCCAGUCCCCGCGGGCCUAACCCUCCGCCCAGCGAGGGGCGGCAGACGCGCGGCGAACCAGAAUUGCACUGGCUUCACUAUGUUCAGGAAACAACAGCAGAAGCAACAAAAAAGAGGCGGUGGAGAAGAAGGAGGAUUAUUUUCUUGCAGUUCAGUGGAUAGAUGUUUGCCAGUGAUGCUACCAAUAGAGGCAGGCAUGGCAGGAGGGAGUGCGAGCUUUCCAGUGGAAUAUGUGACGGCAGGGAUCUGCUGCAGGAGUGUCAACUGGGGCAUCUCUGAACUGGACUGGAUAAUCUUGAUGACUUGGGUUGCUUACAAGAACAGUUGUUAUGCGACUAGCUGGCAAGGUUUGUCUGUUCCAUUGGUCAUUCCAACCUCCUGUGGUGCCCUGAGUAAAAAUUACUAGUAAUGUGCUGAUGAACAAGAAGUUAUCCCAGUUAUCGGUCUUUGGGAGGAUUAGGAUUCCUGCGUCUUCUAUGAUACCUAGAAGAAAAACAGUCUGCAGUGAAUGAAAGCUUUGGACAGUCUUGGAUUUCCCUCAUGCUUUCACCCCCAGCAAGUGAUCUCAGCGGAGCCUGCUUACAAGCUGCUACUGAACGCAUCCCGAAGAGUCUGGGCCACACAGUUCUAAGUGAUGUUGCCAUGCUGGGAGCAGAGAAGAAACCAGGCCUGGACAAGAUGGAACUCAAAUGGAUACCGUAUCCUUUUUUCCUGCAGAAUACCCUCUGAAAGAAACCAGUUUCAAAGCUGUUCAGGGUAGAAAAGACGAACAUUUUAAUUUCUUGAAUAUCAUAAAGGUAAAUAAAAUGUGUGCGGUAGAUUCUUCAUUAUUUAUCAGGGGUUUAGAAGUCCUUUAGUUAAGAUACUUACACUUGCCUCCUAAUAGUUAAUGUGGAACAAGACUUUAUUUGCUGAGAGGUACUCUUUGAAGAUACAUCAUCAGUGUUAUAAAAAAGGGUUUCCAAGCUUUGGUUUUCUCACUUUUUAUACUAAUACGUACUUAAGUUUUGCAUCCUUCCUUCUGCGUACUCCACAGAAUUAUUCCCAAACUGUGGAGACAGUGUUCUCACAGGAGAAUGGAUAUUUGGUGCAUGAGCUCUGAAUAACUCCGAGGGAUACAGCACGGCCAUGGGAGGCCCGAGGAAGCCUAAGCAAGCAAGAU